AUGAAUCCCAAACAUUUUCUCCUAAAUUUUCUUACUUUGAUUGUUCUUGGAGAAUGUUCAACCACCAUAGACAAAUUCUAUGGCACAUGCAAUGAUUCUUUCACUUGUGGGACUAUUUCGGGCUUCCAAUUUCCAUUUCGGAGACAAAACGACCCCACAAACUGCGGGUACCCGGGUUUUGAAAUAAACUGUGAUGAACAUAACCCACCUACCUUUACCAUCAAGAACAUGACUUACCAGAUUCAGAACAUCGAUCCAACGGUCCAGAUUUUGAAGAUUGUUAGAGAAGAUAUGAUCGAGUCAAUCUGUCCACAAGAUCAAGUCAACACCACCAUGGAUUACAACCUUUUCGAUUUCAAUUCCGGCUACAUGAACAUGAGCUUCCUUUUUGGGUGCCCGGAUUCUUGGACCGGAAUGGGAGGUGGGUUUGAUUUGUGUGGUAACAAUGGGGGUAAACCGGUCUUUUUGACAGUAGGGGUACAUGGGCCCGGGGAUUGUGGAAGUAGUGUUGUGGUUCCGGUUCCGGUUGAGUUUGUGGAGCCGAAUGCGUCGGGUCGGGUUGUGGGAAACGGGUUUGAGGUUAGGUGGAAGGUGGAUGAUGAGAUUUGCACUGGGUGCAGGCAGUCUGGCGGACAGUGCAUGUAUGAUAAUAGUACACGCCUGACCGGCUGUAGCUGCCCGAAUCAGCCACUGCCCGCCACCACCAUUUUUCAUUGUCUCAACCACCAUGAGAACAUAACCACCUCCCACCACCACCACAUUGUCAUUCGCCACGACAAGAAGAUAAACACCUCCGGCCACCACCACAUCGUUCUUCUAACUAUUCUCUUCAAAAUCAGUUGUUGGAAUUGA